AUGCAAGAAACAAGUGGCUCAGAAGGUUCUGCAGCAAAUGAGCCCAUGGAUGUUGAUCAUACAGGCGCCUCCUUAUCCACAGCAGCGAGAGCGCCAGUAUCACAGGGCAGUCCGCGUCAAACUGCGGCCGAGCAAUGGCUCGAAGGUGUGAUCUCUCGAACAUCGCAGCGGCAAUACGACUUUUUGCUUCACCUUUGGAGUCACUGUGGCCCCGAGCACGCGGAAUUCCCGCGAUUCAUUCGCAGCGCCGACCACUACGUCUCAGCCCUCCACUCGGAAUGCGAUUUUGACCCACCCCCUGAACGCAUUCGAAAUCUCUUCAAAGGUUCGAGAGGAACGAGUGAUUACGACACCUUGCAACGCACGCGCAAUCACAUCAUAAGUACUUCAGCCGGUUGGCAAAGGAGGAGAAAUGACCACAUAUCUGACUGGGCAGGUUUUACGCGGCUCCGCAUGUUGGAACUCCUGUGUCACCAACAAGAUCAAAGCAACCCCGCAGUCAGGUCCCACAUAUACUUCAAGCAGUACAACAGACUUUCCGAGGCAUUUUUCGAGACCGACUAUUUAGGCACUGCAGAUGAUUUCUUUGUCAGGACAUUGGCCGACUACGAGGCGCGCUUUACCCCGGAGAGGCUUGAAGCUGUCAGCAAAAUUCCGCGAAGUGCUGAUGAAGAAGGCACUAAGGUCCCAUUGGAAGUCCACGGAGAUACUUUGUGGCACUCGCGAUCGCUCGCCAUCAUUCAAAGUAGCGGCACGGGCAAGUCUCGGCUGGUGGAACGCCUCAACGGGCGCGUAUCUUGUGACCAGCAGCCCAGCGAAGUACACCUCACAUUCUCCUUAUGCCUCCGUCGCGAGGAUGAAGCCGCGUUCCCGCUCGGAGACUGGAGGUUCUACGAGUGGCUUACAGAAGAUCUUCGCCACGUCGUAUCAUAUCCAUCUCCUCACGCGGUGGCACUCGUGUAUAAUAUUCGUUGGAUGACUCUGCUCAGAGCCAUCUACCAGGCAAGUGCGACUGCUGUGUGUAGGAUGGCCGGAGAACCAACGGCCGAGUCUCUUGCUGAGCAUUGGAAGACCGAGUGCGGGGCCAAAAUUCGCACGCUAGAAGACGACACGCGUCAUGAAGCUCACGCCGACGUGCACCUAUACAACGAGACCGAAAGGCUGGCGGAAGAUUUAUGGUCCAGCGCGCUUUCCAGUCUCUCCCGCGCUGGCAAAGCUUUCAUCGAUCACGAGAGAUACGAGUCAGUUCAUCAGCUCAACAAGAGACUUCUGCGAGAAGACGCCAUGAGCUUGUACCAGUCACUGGACACAAUCCACGACACUCGAGCUUGUUUCACGUGUGUCUGGACGAAAUAGCAAAUAUCGAACCCCCACAUUUCAACCAACCUCCACCUUUCAGCAAGGACUUCGUGGCCACCAGUAAAUUCUCAUGGGUCGAACGUUUACGCUCUGUGUUCUGUCCCGAUGAUGGAGAGCUAGAGCUUCCGCCUCGCUUCUGGCUCAUCAUGCUUGGAACAAACGCUAGCUUUGCGGCCCUCACCCCACUUACCAAGGAGGCAUCCUCGUUCCGCAUUGCCAGUGGCAGAUUAUCACAUUUUCCACCCUAUAUGCACACCUCCACGAACGUCUGGCUUACCGCUCAUGAGGACUACAAGCGAAAAAUCUUUACAGCUUCCCCUUACACGGCCAGCAGACCACAUUUGCUGGCGCGUUGGGGCAGACCUCUUUGGCAGUCUGUCAUGUCGUACGACAAGACAACGCCGAUGCUGGCAGACCCAGCCUCCAGCUUGUCAGGCGAAUAUCUAUCGUUCGUCACUCGAAAGCUGCUCAAGGCGGGCUCAGAGCAGAACGAACUCUUCGAAAUCGAGCUCACCUCAGAGCGCUGCUUCGCGCUGCUCAGUCAGCGAAUCAUGCUGGAUGACGGCCAUGACUACGGAGAAUUUGGGGAUCCGCACUCUCAUCGGGUUGAGGCGAAUAAGCAGGCAUAUGUAUCGCUCCAGCGACAGCAAGUCGACGAGCAUUUGCGCAUGCUCUAUGCUCUGAGCACCUCCGGAGACACUUUGGGCACGUACAUAGCUUGCGAACCUCUGGUGUCACACGCGGCUGCGGUGUUCAUGGCCAGGCCCAGAGAUCCAACGGCGUCUAAAGCGACAGUCUGGGCUCGGUGCUGGGAGCAAUUUCGAGCCUUGGUGGGUAAUUGCGUCGUCUAUGAUCAGGGAACUUAUGGAGAGAUCACGGCCCAGGCGCUGCUUACUGUGUGCAAGGAUGCGACUCCACGGCCGUCGGCUGGAGCAUCAAAACUGCCAAACCAGCUCGCAUCGACAGAUCCUGUUCACCAUUUCGUCGAGCUGCGCGCAUAUCUUGAGACUCUAUUCAGCACGCAGAAUAUGAAAAAGUCAACAAGAACACAGGGCGCUGAAAACGCCGGCCAGGCGGCAUGGGCGAAGCUGCUCGAAAGUACUGGGGAUGUCUGGGUCAACUUCACUCGUUUUCACCGCUUACGCCGGCUCGUCCAGACUAUCAACACUGACGUGCUUUGGGACGCGUGGGUUCAUAUGACUGCGAUCGUAGGUGCCAAGGGUCAAGCGAAUUGGGACCUAUUGAUCCCUGUCUAUUGCGGCACUAUCACCGAGCCUCUGAAUCCUCUGGCAUUCUCAUUCAUCGAAGUGCAAGUCAAAGCGCACAAGACGCCUUACACCGCGGUGAUGGAACCCAGCGCAACCGCUGAAUUCUUGACAUCGCUCGUGCAACCACCGAUCAUCCUCCUGUUGAACGUCGGUAACAGCGCUGCAAACAAUGCAGAAGUCAUUGUUCAGCCGCACCUUCCAAGUACACGGAUUGAGACGCGCAACACGCGAUCACGGAAGCGGUACUGGCAGAUAUCCACGCGCGGUUUGCUGCGUGUCAACCAUCCCGGCUUGGACGCUCUUCUGCCUUCUUCGGCUGGCAUGAACGACUUUUCCAUCUCCAAGCAUCCCCCGGAGGCUCUCGAUGCUUGGAGUGAACAGCGUCGGCAUAGGAUGGAGGCUCGAAACGAUCCAGAGCACGACGAGUGGCUGCGCAAUCUGGUCGAAGCGGAAUGUAGCGCACAAAACUCUGCGGAAACUUAG